UUCAGCCCUCAAAGAGAUUUUUAAGAAGUGCAGGGCCAAGACUCAAUAGCUUAAAAAUAGUGGGAUCUGUCAUAUUUCCAGUUAAAGUUUAUGUCAAGCUGAAUCACAACAGUCCACGUAUUUUAUGUCUUACAAAUCAUCUGCGAAACUUAGAACUGAUUGAUCCAAUAUUCCAGUGGAAUGGACCACAUGGUGAUCUUUCUUCAGAAAAUAGCAGUGUGCAAAUAUCACCAACAGGAACUUUAAUAUUGAGACACUUCAACCUGAGUGGAGUUUACACUUGUUCCAUUGUUUAUAAGCUAACAGCAAUGCAACCUGAUAAAAACCUUGUAAUAAAAUAUCUUAUUUAUGCUUAUUCUGAUCCUAAAAAUUACUAUGAGUUCACAGCCCGGUAUCACGCAGCCCCCUGCAACAGUUCUCAUAAUACUUCUUUUGAGAAAGCAUUGCUUCAGAUACUAAGCAAACUUGUUGCUGAAAUUUCUUGUGAGGUUACAUUAAUUCAGUCAGAAUGCCAUCAUGUAAAAAUGCAGAGAGGAGGUCUACAGAAUGAAGUCUUCUUUACAUUUUCAG